AUGAAUAACAAUUUAGAAAAUAACAAUUCUUUCAAAGAAAAUGAUAAUUCUUCCGAGGAAAAAAAUAAAAUAAAUACAGUUUCAAAUUCAGCUUUAAAUAAUUCAGAAUAUCCGAUUGAUAAUUUAUCAUCAUCUGAGUUAUUAUUAUUAGGGACAACAACUAAUAAUGAGGACGAUGAUGAUAAUAGUGAUAAUCCUCAAGACUUGCCUGAAUUUUAUAUUGAAAAAUUAUCACAAAGAACCAUUUCGUCAAAAUCCUUAACAGAACAUCUAUUAUCUUUACGAAUAGUGUUAUCGUCUGCUAAUUUUCCUUGGAUUAAAGAAUUUAUUGACAAGAAUGGAUUAAAGGUUCUGGAAUCUUUGCUUGAAAAAUAUUCUGCUUGCUAUAAAAAGAAUGCUGUGACGAAGCAUUCAGAUCAAGAUUAUCAAAUUCAAUCGCAGUGUGUUCGUUGUAUAAAGGCUUUAAUGAAUUCAAAAAUUGGUAGAUGUAAUGUUUUAAAAUCACCUUCAUUAAUCUUGAAUAUUGUUUUUUGUCUAUUAUUUACACCGAACAACAAAUUACGUACUCAAGUUGCUGAGAUUCUUGCUGUAUUGUGUGUAUGGUCAUUGGACGGACAUAGAUUGGUAGUUGAGUCAUUCUCUGAUUCUUGUGUGAUCAAUAAGGAAAAAUAUCGUUUUCAAUGUUUUAUGGACACUUUCAAAACAAAAGGUGAUGCUGAUGGCGAGGAGGAGGAUAGUACAUCGAUCGAGUAUAAGGUGGCUGGUUUGAGUUUAGUAAAUGCUAUUGUUAAUAAACCAGAUCAAAUUGAAGAACGUAUCUUGUUACGUGAAGAAUUUGGAAGAAGAGGAAUCUACAAUUAUUUUACAAUUAUCGAAAAUUCUGACCCUCCUGAUUCUCUGAUAAAUCAAAUUGAUGUCUAUAGAGAAGAGAACAAAAAAGAUUUGGCUGAAUUGCACAACAUGGCCCAUGGAAUAGUUGAAAAUGCAAAUAAUCCACCAUAUAUGAUCUAUGAAUUAUUACGACAAACUGAAAACGAUGAGAAUUUGCACACCCGUAUCAUUGAUUCUCUUGAAAACUUUUUGAAAAUUAUUUGCAGAUUUUCAAAUGAGCAAGACAGAAUCGAAGUAUUAACUAUUGUUGAAAAAUUUAUUGAAAAAAUAAAAACUACAAAUAAUGUCAAAGAACAAUGGCAAAGUAUCAUGAAUGAUUAUAAUUCAUCUAUUCAGCACAUAAUAGGCAGAAAAUAUUCACUGGUCAGUGGAAUGAUAACCGAUCAAGAAAUUGAUUCACUAAAAAAAUCAAUAAAUAACUUGAACCUAAAGAUUAAACAACAAUCAGGGAUGAAUUAUACUGAUACAGAUCUGUUGGCUGAACCUCUCUAA